AUGUCUGACGAAGAAGUGAAAGCCUCUCCAGUUGUAUCUUUGAAAUCUUUGAACGAUGCAGAGCCUGCGGAUCCUCGCCGUGUACUCCGCAAGCUCGAUUGGCACCUCCUUCCGUUCAUAUCUUUGCUAUACCUGCUGGCUUUCCUUGAUCGUACUAACAUCGGAAAUGCAAAGAUAGCUGGUCUGACGGGGGACCUUGGGCUGACCGGUUUACAAUUUAACCUAUGUUCCGCAUUAUUCUUUAUACCUUAUUGUACUCUGGUGAUGCCCUCCAACCUCGCGCUGAAAUAUUUUAAACCCUCACGAUGGAUACCGCUGAUCAUGUUUUGCUGGAGCAUUAUCUUGAUUUGCAUGGCAUUCGUGAAGAACUAUGCUGGGUUAUUGAUGUGCGCAUCACCUUCAUUCAUCAAACAUGGUCUUACGUUACUGGACAGCGUACGAAUCUUCCUAGGAAUUGCUGAGGCAGGUCUGUUCCCUGGAUUAACAUUCUAUGUGUGUCUCUGGUACCCUAGAUCUGCACAAGCAGGUCGACUAUCGAUAUACAUGUCCGCUGCCACUGCUGCUGGCGCGUUUGGAGGUAUCUUGGCGUAUGGUAUUGAGAGGAUGAACGGUAUUGGCGGACUGGCGGGUUGGUCAUGGAUUUUCCUACUCGAAGGAUUGUUCACCGCUUUGGUUGCCAUCGCGGCGUUCUUUUACAUGCAAGAUUUCCCAGAAACUGCGACAUUUCUGACACCAGCAGAGAGGGAUUGGCUAGUGCAGACUCUGAAAGAAGACACCGCAGCUUCGUCAAAAGUCAUCAAACGAGAAUAUCUCAUCCAGGCGCUGAAGAAUCCUCACGCUUACAUCCUCGCUUGUAUCGACUUCUUCAUCGUCGUGGCUUUCUAUGCCUUUGCACUCUUCCUCCCAACAAUCAUAGUCGGACUGGGAUACUCUUCCUUGCAUGCACAACUGCUCACUGUCCCUCCAAAUAUUUGCGGCUGCAUAUUCACAGUUCUCUUUGGCACUAUGUCGGACCGAGUUGGGAUGCGCGGGCCUUUUGUCCUUCUCGGAGCUCUUCUAUCGCUGGUCGGAUAUGUGAUGUUGUUCACGACCACCUCUCCCAUCGUGGGAUACGUCGGCACACUCAUCGCGGCAUGUGGUUUGAAUCCAUCCUCCGCCUGUGCUAUAGCAUGGGUCGGCGGAAACUCUGGAGGCGACGUCAAGCGAGGCUCUAUGAUCGCUAUAGUAAGCGGCAUAGGGAAUUCGGGAGCGAUUGUGGCAUCGUUUAUCUAUCGCUCGCAGGACAGUCCGCGCUACCAUCCGGGCCACGCGACGAACAUCGCGGCGUCAUGCAUCGUUGCUACCAUGAGUAUCGUCGCCAUGUUCGAGUUCUCUCGCAUGAACCGAGAGAAGCAUGCGUAUUGCGUCAGGGAAGGUAUCGAAGCAGAUCGUAUUGAAGAAUUCCACGAAUUGGGAGACAAGUCUCCACUAUAUAGGUGGGCGCAUCUUCCUGAAGACGUACAUGACAUUAGCUCACAAUUGGACGACGUUGGUAAGGUACACACUAUAGCAAUGCGUCCACGUUGGUAA